AUGCUGAAAUCAAAAAAGGGCACUAUCAGGGAUGACGACGACGACGGCGACGACCAUGAUGACUUCUUCGGCACUUUUCGGCUCGACGACAACCGCGACGACCACGACCACGACCACUGCGACAAAGUCGACAACGGGGGUCGACUCGCCAGCCUACGCGACCAGGCUUAG